ACUUGCACUACUAUUUGUUGCCAAAACCACAAGAGCUUUAUUGUGUUCAUGUCAACAGGAGAAGGUACUUACGGUUCCAGUCGCAAAAAGACAAGACCGCAGACAGCAUGCGAAUUUUGUCGGCGAAGAAAGAUUGGAUGCGAUGGCACUCAAAGACCGGGGAAACAAUGUUCGAACUGUGCAGCGUGCAAUAUCGACUGCAAGUAUUCUGACAGCCGUAGAGUACUGGCAAGUGCCUUCCAAAAGGUUCGCUCUGGUUUUCUUGAUAGCACUCCAGCCUAUACUCGAGGUAGUUAUGUCCAGGAGCUGGAGAAUAAACUGGAAAGGAUGGAGAACAUCUUACAUCGGAUCGUUCCCGACUCACAUAUUGGGAGCAUGAGCACCGCCGAGAUAGAGGAGCGAUUGCGACAGGAGGAUUAUGAGCGUGAUGCGCUGGAAGACAGUCUCAAGCUGGCCAAGGCGUAUCCAUCCGGCCGCUACCUCUAUCUCGGCAAAUCGAGCACCGCGCAAUUCGUACAAACAGCGAGGGAUUUCAAGCAAGGACAUUCUGGUGGAAUCCCAGACAGAGGCAGCUUCAGACGGCCCGAAUUUUGGGAUCCACCUCCUUGGCACUCAAACACCUGGUUCCAGGUUCAUUAUCCUGAUUUCGCUUUUCCGGACGACGAUCUGCUUUCGUCACUUGUCCAUCUUUAUUUCACAGAAGUGAAUCCCCUCGUGCCGUUGCUGCAUCGACCAAGUUUCGACAAGUCGGUUAAGGAUAAACUUUAUCUGGCGGAUAAAGAGUUUGCCUGUGUGUUACUAUUGGUGUGUGCUUUUGCUUCGAGGUACACGGACGACCCUCGUGUUUUAUCGGAGGGGGAAUCGUGCGAACGGUCAAGUGGAUGGAAGUGGGUUAAUCAGGUAACAUGCGUGCGUAAGUCGCUGUUGACUGGGCCGACGGUAUAUCAUUUACAAGUUUUGUGCCUUCUUGCCCAAUUUAUGCUGGGUUCAACGGUACCCCAUAUGUGCUGGACGAUUGCUAGCAUUGGCCUUAGGUUGUCUGAAGAGGCGGGAAUUCACAGAAGGAAAGCCAAGCAUGCCAAACCUAGUGUAGAGGACGAAUUGUGGAAACGAGCUUUUUGGACCCUUGUGUACUUAGAUAGACAGAUCAGUGCGUUCUUAGGCCGCUCAUGCUGUCUGUAUAACGAAGAGAUCGACCUUGACUUCCCAAUCGAAUGCGACGACGAAUAUUGGGAGCCUUCAAUGUCAGGAAGUGUUUUUCAGCAACCUGAGGGGAAACCUGCCGUCAUGUCGUACUUCAACUGCUACCUGAAACUCACUUCCUUGAUAGCACUCUGCCUGCGCACCGUUUACGCCAUGAAAAAGUCUCAAAUUAGGCUUCAAUUUCUGGAUACAAACUGGGAGAAACGCAUCAUAGAGCUGCUCAAUGUGAGAUUGAAACAUUGGAUGACUGCGAUACCUGAUCAUCUACGCUGGGACCCCGAGCGCAAAGAUCCCAUUCACUUCGCGCAAUCAGCAUCCUUGCAUUUACAAUAUCAUCACUUGCAGAUGCUAAUUCACAGGCCUUUCAUCUCUAUGCCUUAUGACUCAGAGAAGUUCCCAUUCUAUUCAAUUACUGUCUGCGUGAGCGCUGCUCGCGUAUGUGCAGAUAUCAUCGCGACUCAACGACAUCGCAAAGGGCAUUUGGUGCCCCUCUCUGGUCUUGCCGCUUUCCAGGCCGCUGCGGUGCUCCUCUUCGAGUAUUGGCGCACCAAACGUGCUGGUUGUCCUGUAAAUCCUGCCGACAUGAAGCUCGUGGACGCAUGCAUGGAAUCUCUUCAGAUUCUGGAGACGAGAUGGCAGUUUGCAGGCCGGCUCUGGGAUGUUCUCCAUGCUAUCGGCGAUCUACACACCAACUUACCGAGCCUUGGACCGGAAGGAAGCCUCGAUGAAGGAGCGAUUUUCCCGCAAAACGGAGUCUUUUCUGACAGCCUAAGUUCAGAAAUUCUUCUCAGCGACAAAAAUCUCUGCGAGGUGCCCUUCGUGGAUGAGUCCAGCUGGUUUUCGGGUAUCGAGCUUCCGUCAAUGUCUGUAGAUGAGGCUUCUGCAUGGUCUCAGAUAUACGCCGCUUCUUUGGAAAGUUCAAGGCUGGAACCCCCACACUCCCCUCUUCGAAGUCAAGCCGACAUCAACAGCACCGAAACUUUGCGCAAAUUCGGCUUCAUGAGUGAUAACGAAGAUUCUUUCCUUGAGCCUUCUAAUUUCUGCACCAAAAGCGCUGGUACGUCAAAGCCCGAUACCUUGCAGACGACCAAUGAGUCCCAUAACCCUCAAUGUAAUGAAAUGAGUUUGGAUGACUGGGGUUCAUUCUUCAAUGAUGUAGACCAGCUUACCCAUGGCAUAUGGCAAUUCGAAGAAAGCUCGAAUGAUUCUGCUACCACGAGUGGGUUGUGGUAGAACUAGCAAGCUGAUUUCUUUGUUUUUUUAAUUCGGACAGAUUGCGUAAAUAGCACAAGUAUUUGUUUUAUUUCCCUCCGUCGAUUUUGUAGCACAACUAUAGCGUCGCAAUGUAAUUUUUCGUGUAGGUCCGAUUCAGGCUGCG